AUGGGCUGGUUCAGCAACGACAGUGACCAGGCUCAGGCCUACGACCAAUAUCAGUCCUACUCCGGAAGCGAUGAGCACAAGGCCAAGCUCAGCCAUGAGCUGAUUGCUGCCGCUGCCUCCUAUGAGGCUGCUAAGGCUUAUGAGAACCACGUUCGUGAAAACGGUCAGCCUGCUAGCCACGCGGAGGCCAAGGAGAUCCUCGCUGGAUUUGCCGGCGCUUUCAUUGACCGUGAAUUUGAGACCAAGGGUCUUGACUUUAUCGACCGGGAGCAGGCCAAGAGACACGCUGAGCGCCAGCUGUCCGACGUCUCCGCUCGGGACUACUAG